AUGAAUGAUUUUCAUGAGGAAUAUGAUUUUAUGAAAAGAAUUCACAAACUAGAAGGAACUACUGACUAUAUAUUUAAUAAUGAAACAGUGAGAAAAAAAAAAGAUGAUAUACUGUUUGAUAAAGAAAAAUAUGAAAAAGGAUUUUUUAUGAAAAGUAAAUAUGACAAAUACAGUAAUGGAAUAAAUGAUUUUGAAAAGGAAAAUAAAUUAAUAUAUUUGAAAAAGUUGAAAAAUGAAAAUGAAAAAGAGCAAAAAAAAAAAGAAAAAGAAUUAAAAAGAAACAAUAUUAAUGAAUUAACGAAAGUAAAUGAAAUUGUAUAUUAUAUUCAUGCUAAUAAAAGAAAUGUUUAUGAAUAUAUAACAAAUCACACUGAUCUAGAAAAUAAUUAUUACCAAAUAGAGGAGAAACCUAAAAAAUUAUCACGAAAUAUUAUAAAAGAAAAUGAAGAAUAUGUUUACUUAAAUGAUAAUGCAUAUUAUAAAUUAAAAAUAAAUAAAGAAGAAAAGGAACCAGAAGAAGAAGAAAAAGAAAUAGAAAAAAUGAAAAUAAAAUACACAACAGAUGAGAACAAAAACAAUUUAAUUGAAAAUGUAGUUGUAUCAGAUAAUAUUUUAGUAAAUAUAUCUAACAUUUUUUUUUCGUUAAAACAUAGCAUAAAAAACAUAUUUUUAUUUUUAAAUAAAUUAUUUCAUUAUGACUUUUUAGAUUAUCCUUAUUUAAAAAAUUAUUCUUUCACUAAUUAUUUUGAUAGAAAUGUAAAAGAAUAUAUAAAAUACAUAAAAAAAACAGAAGACACAAAAUUAAUUGAUCAGGAUUUUCUUUCAAAAAAAAAAUAUUUUGCUCCUUUUUUUAUUUAUAACUGCGUAGAUUGCAAUUACAAUACUAACGAUAAUGGUAUAAUUAUUUUAUCUUCUAUUCUUCCAUUUGUACAUAAUUUUGAUUAUGAUUAUAAAUUAAAGCAAACAAGAGAUCAAGAAGAAGAGUUAGAUAAAAUAUUAAAUAAUGAAAAAAAUAAAAGUUCGAACUUUAUAGAACAAUGUAAAAAAAUAAAAAAUUUUAUUUUAAGCAAAUUAUAUCCAGAAAAUAAAGAUAGGAAGGUAAAUUCUAAUAGUGAAUACUCAGAAUUUUUAAAAAAAUUUGAAAAUAGCAUAAAUGAGGAAGGAGAAUUAAUUCAAGAUAUCCUUUUUUCAGGUAAAGUGCAAAUGAUAUUUAUCAAUUUUAAACAAUUAGAAAAUAAUUUUAAUAAUGUUAUUGGAAAUAUAGAAAUAAAAAAUGAGAGAGUAGAAGUGAGCAAUUUAAUUUUAGGCUAUGAAAAACGAGAGCACAUAAAAUAUACUGACAUUUUAGUAUCAAAUAUAUUAAAAAACAUAAAAAAAAAAUAUCCGAAUUUGGUUAUUAAUGAUGAAAAUCCAAAACAAUUUUUAUAUGAUUUAAAUGAACUUUCUCAAAAUUUCUCUUCUGUAAACAGCAAUGAGUACAUUAUGGAUAAUAAAAAAGAUAUUGAAAAUAAGGAAACCAAUAAAAAAGAAUUAAUGAAAUUAUCAGAUUUAAGAAAUUAUAUAUAUAAUUCGCCAUCUUAUUUAAUGAAAGAAAAUAAUAGUAAUUGUGAAUAUGUUACAUGUGUAUGUUUUGAUAAUAAUUCAAACAAUUGCAAUUUAAUAAAUAAUUUUGUUCUUGGUUAUAAUACUGGUAAAGUAGAAUAUAUAUAUGGUAAAAUUGUAUAUAGUAAUAUUAGUCAUUGUGAUUUGUUAAUAGAUUAUUAUUCAAAAAAAAAUAAAAAAUUUUCAUAUGAAUUAAACAAAAGAAUUUUUUUGAAUGGGUCUAUAGUUAAAAUUUUAUUCGCACCUAAUGGUUUUUUUUGUUUAAUAUUAACAAGUAAGACAUUAUAUUUAUGUAAUUUCUUUUAUUUUUCUAUAUAUGAAAUUAAGAAUACUUGUUAUAAUUCUCAAUUUGUUAAUUUUAUUUGGAUAAAUAAUAAUUCAUAUUCUGUUUUUAAUUCUAAGGGAAAUGUUUAUAUAUAUGAAAAAAAUUUAAAAAAUGAAGGUUUUAACAAUUUUUCAUUAACAAAAACAUUUUUUAUAAAUCAAUCAAUAUACUUUAAUUCUAUUUGUGAGUAUCACUUGUACAGUAAUUGUAUUUAUUUGUAUACUGGCGAAAUAGAAAAAAAAAAAAAAAAAAGCGAUAGAACCUUUUUCAAGAAAAAAAAAAAACAAAAAAGCAAAAUGAAUGAUUACUUUUAUAAAUAUGAUUGCAAUUUUAUUAUUAUUGAUUUAAAUUCUGAUAUUCAUAAAAGUAUGAUAAAUAAUAAAAAUAAAGAAAUAGAUGAUCUUUUAAAAGAUAAUAUUAGUGAUAUAGAAAAUAAUAUGAAGCAAAUCAAGAUAUUAGAAAAGCUAAUAGAAAAUGGCAACAAUUUAGAAGAUGAAGAUUUCAAUUUUGAAAAAUUGUUAUAUAUUAAUAUAAAAGAUUUUAAUAACUAUAUUUCUACUAUUAAAGAUAUUAAUAAUAAUUUAUAUAUGCCUGAAAGUGGAGAUGAAAAUAUGGAAAAUAUACUAGAAAAUGACAACACAAAAAAAGAUUUCUCUUUGAAAAAUUUUUUUAUAAAUUAUAUAAAUGAUGUUAAAAAAUAUUUAUAUAACUUAAAAAAUGAAAACAUAAUAAAUAUAUUAUUGCCAAGAUAUUAUAGUUGUGCAGAUGAUUAUGAUCAUAACAAUUUCUUAAGUAUCCGAUUUUUCACUAUUGAAAAAUCAGAUAAUAAACAUCUUAUAGCUCUAGAUACUGAAACAGAUUACGUAUAUAUAUAUAAAAUAAGAAAAAAUGUAUACUUAGAUGAAGAAACCAUAAAUUUAUUAAAAAAUACUUCAACCUAUAAGAAUAAUCCUCUACAAACAUUACAUUCUUCAUCUAUGAAAAAAGAGCAUAUUUUAAAAGAUGAAUGGAAAAUAUACAAUGAUUAUAUUUAUAUUAAUACGAAAAAAUCAGUGAGAUAUAUUAAGUAUAAUUUAUUAUAUAUUAUUAAAAAUCAUAGAAAAGUUUUUUUUCCAUUACACGUAUAUGUAAUCAAUACUAAGCCUAACGAAAAUGAGUAUUUUUUAUUCAUCAAAUGGGCAACAAUUAAAAAUUCAUUUAUAUAUUCAUCUUAUAAUUCUUUAAAUAGAAUAUCUAAAAUGAAGGAUUAUUUUAAAAAAACGGAUGAUAAAUUACUAAAAGUAUUAGAGAAUCAAAAGAAUAUAUUUUUGUAUAAUAUUAAUGAUAAUGAUUAUCCUUAUAUAUAUAUGAAUCCGUAUAAAGAGUUAACAAGAAAAGGUAAAUUAAUGGAAAAAGAAUAUUCAUCAGAAAAUGGUGAUAACUAUUUAUAUAAUAAUAAAAAUAAAUUAAAUGAAUAUAAAGAUAAUACAAAUUAUAUAAAUAACGAUGAAUAUUUAAAUAAAACUCCUAUAAAAAGUACAUCAAGAAACUUUUUUACUUCACCAAUUGGGAAUAUGAAUACUACAUAUAAUCCUCAUAAUAAUAUACUUUAUAAUUUAAAACCAAAUAAGUAUAAUGAAAAUGAUAUGUAUAAUGAUUAUUAUAUAAAUAAAGAUUCAAAUUUUUCUAAUAUAAUAUAUGAUAAGAAACAGAAUGAACCAGAAAAAAAAUGGUCAUAUUUAAAGAAAAUAAAUAUUUUUAAAAAAGAUGAUGCAUUAGAUGAUUAUUCAAACAAUAUUUAUUCUUAUAAUAAUACAAACUCAAAACAUAUGCAAAAUAAGAAUCCAAAUAUAUAUAAUUUGGAGGAUAAUAAUAUUUUAAAUGAUAUAAAAAAUCCUAACUUUUUUCCAUCUUCCAAUACUUUAAACUUUAAUAAAUUACACAAUAAUUCAGAAAAUAAUAAAAUUGUAAAUGAUGAUAAUACAACUGUAAAUGAAUUUUUUCAUUCACAUAAUUCUAAUCAUCUUCCUUCAAAUAAUAGUAAUAAUAAUUACGAUCCUUUUUUAUUAAAAAAUGAUUUUUACAAUUAUAGAAACUUAAAUAUGAAUAUAAACUCAAAUAAUACAAAUAGUAAUAAUACUUAUAUGGCUAAUGAUUUCUACUCAAUUUCAAAUAAAAUGAACCUAUUUUCAAAUGAUUUUGAUAAAACUAAUAGUAAAUUAGGUUAUAUUUACGAUAAUAAGGAUAUUACUGAUUUAAGUAAAAUGGAUAAUAAUAAAUAUAACUCAAGGAACAGAUUUAAAAAUAUAAAUGAAAAUGAUAAUUAUUCAAGCAGAUUCCGAAAAUAUAUGUAA